UCUGAAGCACACACUUCUCCAUUCAUCUCCUCUGCACCUGCUCCAGGCAACAGCAUGAUAAACACCUACACCACCACCCUGCCUCCACCGCCACCAGCACCCAGCUCCAAAGCUCCACUACCGACCAUGAGAUCCUUCAUGGGCUUCUUGGGCUUCUUGAUUUUGGCUCAGAUGGUCGGAUCAGCCUUCCUCUUCAUGUAUAUAUUUAAAAGAAUUGACGAGGUCCAGACUCUGAUGAGCUACCAUGAAGAUAUGGUGGUGCUAAAAAGAAUAAAGCAAUGUGAAAACCCAAGAAGCGACAUCAAAAAUACACACCUGGACUGUGGGAAGGUCAUAACGGAUUUUCAGAAGCUGCUUCCAGGGAUUAUUUCAAGACUGAAGGAUACUGAGAAAGCUGAAAUGAUGAAAGGUCAACUCACUUCAGAUCAGAAUCAGGACAGCCAAGAACCAAAAAUAGUUGCCCAGCUGACCGUUCGAUCUCCCUCCCCGUUAACCAGCCUAUCAGGAAACACCAUUAAACUCUGGUCUAAAGACCACAUGCUGUUGACCACCAGAUCCGUGAUCUACGAAGAAAGCACUGGCUCCUUACGGAUCAAGAGACCUGGAAAUUACUAUAUCUAUUCUCAAACCACCUUCGUAAAAAAGCCGCGAACCAGCCCUUUCAGCCAAUGCAUUGUGCAGAAAGAUAUUUCUGGAAAGGAGACCCCGCUGUUGAGGUCGUAUAGCACCCCGGGCCGCGACGUAGCUGCAAAUCCAUACCCUGAGCUGCACACGCUGUAUCAGGGAGCGGUGUUCACACUGAAGGAGGAUGACCGAGUGUACGUGAACGUGUCUGAUUUAUCAAUCUUGCAUUGGAACGGCACGGCAACACUGUUUGGAUUAGUUCUGCAAUAGACUUGUGAAAGAAAAAAACACUGUUUGGCUUACUAUGGAAAACAAUAAAGAAGCAAAAAAAAAAAUUAGAAAAAUAGAAAAAGAACCAGCAGCCUGUGGCUAUGGCUUCAAUUUGGACGACAUGUGUACAAGUCAAACACCAGACAACAGGAACAAUAUAGGGUACGCGUGAGAUGUUUCUACUGGAUAUUUCAAAAACAAAUUCUAUCUUGUAUACAGGAAGUAGGAGUAUUCUUGAUUUAGUUCUAUUGAAACACACCCUUCGUGAUGCAUUCAUAGACGGUGAAAUCAUGAGUACUAGAACUAUGAAUAGCGCUAAUUCGAAUAAGUGUUCCAUGUAAUUGAUGUUUGACAUGAUAAUAAUUUAUUAUGAAUCUGUAGGAAAGAAAGGGGCAUAUUUUCAAUAGGUUUGCCCCAGUGUUUAAUUCCAACCCCACUUUUUUAAAGGAGAAAAUUCAAGCUGAAAAAAACACACACCUAGUUGUUUUUGUCAAUUCUAUCUAGGUACCUGGUUCUAGUUUAGUAAAUUCAACUGGUGUUAAAAAAAGACGGGAGGCAAUACUUUGGAAAGAUGUGUCUUGUAUAAACCAUGCCAAGCACAGCUUAAAGUCUUAAAAAGAACCUGUACAAUAAUCCUGUGCUUUAAACAGUAGCACUACAGCUUAGCUAUGAUGCAAGUCCAUGUGUAUUUAUGUUCAUUCCAUGGUAAAAUAACCAAUCAAAAAUGUAAAAAAAUAUAUCAUUAUUUAUUUAUUUUUCUACUAAAGAAAAAAAGAAUAUAUUUUUCCAAUUCUAUUUUUGCAUAGUGCAUAGAAUGUAUAUAGUCCCCUGAAGUCUCCCCUGACAGAUACAGAACGAGAAACGGUUCACCUUGUAAAAAUGCCAGCAUAGACACAGAUUGUUAAAUACAUGCACAGCACAGUGGGUUCAUAAAACGCCACUGAGACGUGAACGCUUUACGCAUUUGCAAUCCGGAUAUUUCACAAUGGAAACAUUCAAAACAUUCAACUGUCGUUUUCUAAAGAAGGAUGGGCUUCCCGGCUCCAGCUAGAAUGGAAUCAAAUUUAAAAACAUACCUUCUAAUCAAAGCAGCGUGGCCAGCGAGCAUGAAUCUGCCUUGAUUCUUAUCGCCUGGUAGCAUGCAGCCAUACCACGUGCCUACAGAGACCAUCAAGGGCAGAAAGUUAUCUGGAGGGCCACAUUUUGCCUGCAGAGGAUUUCACCCAGACCCUGCUUGUUUGGACUACUAUUGCACAUGCUGUGAAGCUGGCAUUCCUGAUCAGGUUCAUUCAGGUGCAUUGGGGGGUCAUGAUUGAAAUGCUGCACAGUCUCCUCUGGAGCCCGACCAGGCAUUUACAGGAUAACCUAGCUGUGAUCCAAUACCCAUUGGGAGUCAUGCCUGAUUUUUCACCUGUGUUUUGUAAGGAUCACUGUUCUGUUUUUUUGUGUAUGCUCUCAGCACUGAUUCUGUCAAAUUUCAAACAAACCAAACUGCUCAUUCCAAGCGACGUGCUUCUGAGACCUGAGCAUACCGCGUGGUGCCAUGUGCUCUUUGUGAAUGAAUAGGGAUUUUUUUUUCUCUGACUCACUCACAACAUUUUUGUAAAACCACUGAACUGUACAUGUUAGUGUUUUUGUAUCUUCGAUUAGUAAAAAGUAAAGUAAUUUAUUAUUCAGUUUUUUUUUUCACAUCAAUGGUGUGAAAGCUAAAUGAAGAGCUCAAAUGUAUUUAUGGUAACGGCAAAUGUGUUGCUAAAAUUGUUCUAUGUAUCAUUCUGCAAGUCAAUAUGUUUCUUUUAUAUUGUCAUGAGUAUUUCA